AUGGGGUCUUUCCUCCCAGUGAUUCUGUCGCUCGUCCUCUUGGCCACCCGGGCCCAUUGUCGGGCAGUUUUCGCCCAUUUCAUGGUGUCCAAUACCCUGAACUAUACAGUUAGUGAUUGGGAAAAUGAGAUGACACUUGCGCUCGACGCUAAGAUCGAUGCAUUCGCCAUGAAUAUGGCCACUUAUACCUCUGACGGAGCAUACUGGCAUUAUGAGUCGAAGCCAUUUGUCUCUACCUUUGAAGGCCCCGAUAAUGCAGACGAUUGGAUUGAUAUUAAGGAACAGACCGGGUGUUUCUUUCUCCCCGACUGGUCCUCUGUUGGAGCGGACGUUGCCGUGAAUCUAGGCAGUGGAGUGGCCGACGGUCUGUUUAGUUGGGCGGCAUGGCCGUACGGUCCAAGUGACAUGAACACCUAUGUUGAUGCUUCCUAUAUCGACUUUCUGGAUGGUAAAUCGUACAUGAUGCCGGUAUCUCCGUGGUUUUUCACGAACAUGCCCGGAUACGACAAGAACUGGCUGUGGCGUGGUGAUGAUCUUUGGUAUGAUCGUUGGGUCCAGGCCAUGUAUUUGGCGCCUGACUUUAUUGAGAUUAUCUCCUGGAUUGAUUUUGGGGAGUCUCAUUAUAUUGGCCCGAUCCAGGACAGUGAUUCUCCGUUGGCGGAAUCCACGUAUACUGCGUUUGGGACCGGUGAAUCCCCGUACAACUAUGCAUUGAAUAUGCCCCAUGAUGGCUGGCGAGCUUUUCUCCCGUGGCUUAUCGAUACCUACAAAAACAAUAUCUCAACUAUCACGCAGGAAGGUGUUCAAGCAUGGUAUCGACUGAAUGUUCGUGGGAGCUGCGCCUCGGACGGCGGGACCACCGGUAAUACUGCCAGCGAGCUGCAGCUGGAGUAUUGGCCGUACGAGAUUCCUCAAGACCGGGUAUUCUUUUCCGCCCUACUGGGCUCGUCAGCAGACGUCUCAGUAACAGUCGGGGAUGUUGCUUUGGAGGCGGCGUGGAACAGCACUCCAAGUGGAGGCGCAGGUCUCUACCAUGGCAGUGCGGCAUUCUCGGUUCAGGCGGGAACCGUGGAGGUGGCUAUCAGUCGAGACGGUGCUAUCAUUGCGAGCUUUACAGGCCCAGAUAUUGUCACCGGCUGUGCCGCAUCCAGCGGCAUUGAGAACUGGAACGCCUGGGUAGGCAGUGCUAUGGCGCCUACCCUGACCUCAGCCACCCCGACUUAUUCACUCGCGGACCAGGUCUGCGUCCAGGGCUGGGGGGUAGGUAACUUCGAAGGCCUUUGCGCUUUUGCUUGCAAGCUGGGGUACUGCCCUGUCGGCGCCUGCUUAUGUCAAAAGAUGGGCCCUCAGGCGGAUUUACCAAAGAGCUUGGGGGUAGUUGGCUACCCAGCUGCUGGGAUGACGGCCGACUAUACAGGUCUCUGUGCUUUUUCAUGCAACUACGGAUACUGUCCUUCGUCAGCUUGUACCACGACCCAAGUCCCUCUUACUACGUCGACGGUGUCGCCCUUCACUCCGAGCACCUGUACUGCUGGAGAAGGAACGGGUGACCUGGCGGGUCUAUGUAGCUAUGGCUGUGGCUACGGCUUCUGUCCGAUCCACAACUGCACGUGCACCGCCACCGGUCCGCUGAAUGUGCCGCCGGCCGCAAAUACGACCAUCUAUGGUUAUACCACGGAUGUUCACCCAGAUAGCGGCCUGUGUGACUUUGCCUGCGAGCGAGGCUACUGCCCAUCACCCGUCUGCUCGGAGGACGUCGGUGGGGACGAUGCCAGCGACUUGGUUUGCACGGAUGAUGAUGAAUCCGUCGACUCCACUUCCAGCUGCCUGCAGGACAUCGAGACCUGCGAUUACACCCUGACGUUCGACAGCUUUGCAAGCCUGAGCUCUUCCUCGAGCUCCCUGGAGGACUUCUGUGUGAACUACUAUGCCCUGGGCAUUCUUGCCGAUAUGCUCAACGCGACGAUGGCCAACUACACAGACAUCCUCUCCAACUACGGCGGCAAGUUCACCGAGUACCAGAAAUACAUCCGCGAGGAGGUUCCGGGCGCGCUGACGGCGUACAUGAACCCCGGAGGAGCGGGUAAUGCUUUCUUCACGUGUACCUUUAGCGACGGCGGCGUCAACACAUCCACGACCAGCUGUCCGUUCGACUCGGAGCAGGUCUACAACGGCUACGAGAUCUACUACAACCUCGUCAACGCCACCGCCUUCUGGGCCAACCUCAGCGCUACUACCGGGAUUCAGGAGGACUGGGUCCAGUUCGGGGACGAGGACGUCGGGUCGGGCUGCGGCGUGGGGUCCGGCAAGACCUGCCAGCCCAACCGGGGCGUGCUGAAGGGCUACCCUCUGCCGGCGGACACCAUCAACGUGACCAACCCGCAGACGAUCAUCGAGGACGCACUGCCGGGGAUCCAGAACCUCACCGAGACGAUUCUUCUAACCCAGAUCCUGGCGGCGACGGGCGCCUACGGAGGCAGCAUGGAGAACGUGCUCCUCACCAUCUCGACCGUCGUCUUCACGCUGGCGCAGGCCGUAGCCAACAUGGGCAUGGUGGUCGAGGUCGCCGACAAGGCGUCGGCGGAGGAGAAGAAGGCCAUGAUCGAGGAGAUCAUCUUUGGCGUCCUCAUGAUUGUCCCCUUCUUGGGAGAGGUCCGGCUCAUUUCGGACGGGCUGGAGCAGCUGGCCGACAUGAUGUCGCUCAUUGGGGACGUGGGCGCCUUGGGCAGUACGAUCUACGGGGUAGUCACCGACCCGGACUCGGCGAUCUUGGAUAUCUUCGAGCUCGCCUUAGGGGGCGGGGUCCGGACCCCGGACGAGUUCGAAGAAGCCGCCAAUGCCCGUCGCGGGUUGACUGACGACGAGGUCAUCAGUCUGGGAUCGGACUGGAAAUCCUGGAGUGAUGACCUCUCCGAGGUGCAGUCGGUGUGCUACUAA